AUGGAUCCCACAUCUCAGGGCGCUGGCCAGCAACAGGGGCGUCAGCAGCAGCAACAACAACAACCUGUCUACGACAUCAGAAAUGGCGGUCACUAUGGUGCCAGUGCAGCGCUUUCGGCACAAGGCUAUGCGCCAGUCGCCGAGCUGUAUACAGGAACUUGGGCUAAUGUCAACCAAGGCCUCCAAGGAACAGCUCGCGACAUCUUGACGACGUACUGGCAGCAUGUAAUUAAUCACCUGGAGUCGGAUAGCCAUGAUUACAAGAUUCACCAACUACCACUCGCCCGCAUCAAGAAGGUGAUGAAGGCCGACCCAGAAGUGAAGAUGAUUUCUGCCGAGGCGCCCAUCCUGUUUGCGAAGGGCUGCGAUAUCUUCAUUACCGAGCUGACGAUGCGCGCCUGGAUCCAUGCUGAGGAUAACAAGCGCCGCACCCUCCAGCGCUCCGACAUUGCCGCGGCUCUUUCCAAGUCGGACAUGUUUGACUUUCUCAUUGACAUUGUUCCCCGUGAAGAAGCCACCUCGCAUGCUAAGCGGUCAAGCCAGGCCGGUGCGGCACCAGGACCGUCUGGGACCGCAGGUCAGCUUCCGCCAUCCCAGCAUGGCGUACAGGCCCAUCUCGGCCCCGCCGAUUAUGGAUCUCUUGGUCAACAUGGCAUUCCUCAAGAGCAGGAAUACCGCCCGCAGCCUACUAUGUACCCUGGCGCCGUUCAGUCGGACCCAACAGCCGCGUAUGGCCAGCCUCAGUCCCAGAUGUUUGAGGGAAUGUAUGCCUACCCGCACCUACCCCCUCAGCAGUGA